AUGGGGAAUGCCCUUGAGACGCUGUGUGGUCAGGCAUUUGGUGCUGGACAAACUAAUAUGCUUGGUAUAUACAUGCAACGUUCGAUAAUAAUCCUCUUCUCCACUUGUCUUCUCCUGUUGCCCCUCUAUGUGUUUGCGACCCCAAUUUUGAAGCUGCUUGGACAAGAAGACGACAUAGCAAAUCCAGCAGGAGUAUAUACACUUCUGGUUGCCCCUCAAUUGUUUUCCCUCGCAGUCACUUUUCCGACUCAAAAGUUUCUUCAAGCCCAGAGCAAAGUCCUCGUGCUUGCAUGGAUCGCAGCUUUUUCAUUGGUUGCACAGACUUUUCUAUGUUGGCUAUUUAUUUAUGUAUUCGGCUGGGGACCAGUUGGUGCAGCCAUAGCAUUCGACCUUACAAGUUGGUUCACGGCCUUUGCACAAUUUGGUUAUGUGGUUGGUUGGUGCAAGGAUGGUUGGAAGGGAUUUUCUUGGGCUGCGUUUAAAGAUUUAUGGUCCUUUGUGAGACUCUCCCUUGCAUCUGCUGUCAUGCUAUGCCUCGAGAUAUGGUACAUGAUGAGUAUCAUUGUGCUAGCUGGAAAUUUUGACAAUGCCGUAACUGCUGUUGGUUCCCUUACCAUUUGCAUGAACAUUAAUGGAUGGGAAAGCAUGUUGUUCAUUGGAGUCAAUGCUGCUAUAAGUGUUCGUGUCUCAAAUGAGCUUGGCUUAGGACAUCCAAGAGCAACAAAAUAUUCUGUCUAUGUCACAGUCUUUCAAUCACUCUUGAUUGGGAUUUUGUGCAUGAUUAUUGUCCUAGCAACGAGAAAUCAUUUUGGAAUUAUUUUUACACAUAGCGAAACUAUGCAACGUGCCGUUGCUCACCUUUCUGUACUCCUUGGAGUUACAAUGCUUCUCAAUAGUGUCCAACCCGUGAUAUCAGGUGUUGCCAUUGGAGGUGGGUGGCAAGCUCUAGUAGCCUACAUCAACUUGGCUUGUUACUAUGUUUUUGGUCUUCCUCUUGGAUAUUUUCUUGGCUAUGUGGCUCAUAUAGGAGUGAUGGGACUCUGGGGUGGCAUGAUAGCUGGAGUAGCUCUUCAAACCUUGCUGCUGCUCCUAGUACUUUACAAAACCAACUGGAUAAAGGAGGUUGAGCAAACAACAGAGCGUAUGCGGAAGUGGGGAGGGCAAUACGUAAGAGAGAAAUCACAAGGUGAUCAGCUUCCAUAAAAAUGGAAUACCUUGAAACUUUUAUAAGAACUCUUGAUAGUUAAUUUCAAUUUUUUUUUUUCUCAUUUAAAAUUUAUCAGGGUGAUCUGUACUUUAGUGUUCAAUUUCUUUCAUUUUGGAGCUCAUA